ACAAAAAUUUUUCUGUAACAUGAUUGAGAAUAAGCCUUUUCAAACAAUUGUCACGCAUCUGUUGAAGAUGAGGCCGCAGAUAUUGUUAUUUGGAGACUCAAUUACAGAGCAAUCCUUCAGAACCGGAGGAUGGGGUGCUUCUCUCGCUGACACCUACUCUCGCAAGGCUGAUGUUUUGGUUCGUGGGUAUGGGGGGUAUAACACUAGAUGGGCUCUCUUCUUGUUGCAACACCUUUUUCCUCUGGGCGCUGUUAAACCUCCGGCUGCCACCACAAUUUUCUUUGGAGCUAAUGAUGCUGCUCUUUUGGGGAGAACUAGUGAGCGCCAGCAUGUUCCUGUGGAAGAAUACAAGGAGAACAUCAGAAGAAUUGUAAAUCAUUUGAAGGAAUGCUCAUCUACAAUGCUUGUUGUGCUUAUAGCUCCACCGCCAGUUGAUGAGGAAGGACGUAUGAAAUUUGCAAGAUCUAUGUAUGGGGACAAAGCUAUGAAACUGCCAGAAAGAACAAAUGAAAUGGCAGGGGUCUAUGCAAAUCAAUGUGUUGAAUUAGCCAAGGAGAUGGGUAUCAGAUCUAUCAAUCUAUGGUCCAAGAUGCAAGAAACAGAAGGUUGGGGGAAGAAAUAUUUGAGUGAUGGAUUGCAUCUGACACCUGAAGGCAACGGAGUGGUCUUCCAGGAAGUCAUAAGAGUGUUCAAUGAAGCAUGGCUUUCUGCUGCAGAAAUGCCAUAUGAUUUCCCCCACCACUCGGAAAUUGAUGGCAAGAACCCUGAGAAAGCUUUUCAGCAGAAAUGCUUAUAGCUUUUCUAGCUGUUGUUCACAUUUCCUGUCCAGGAUAUCUCUUCCAAAAUACACCACAUUCUGACUUUUCUUGUUAUACUAAAAUCAUCAACUCUCUGAUGAAGGUAAAUGAAAAUUUAAACUUGAAAGAUUUUUCUUUUGAAUAAAAUGUCUCAAGCUUC